UUUACCGUUUUGUUUGUGAGGCUUCCCAGCAAAACAGUACUCUUCAAAGAAAGUUAUUUUCUUAAAUUAAAAAAAAAACAAUGUCUUGGGGAGAAACAUUAACUUAUAUAACAGUUGGAAAUCCCAUCAGUCAGGCUGUUCUCACAUCAGCUUCGGCUGUCUUAAAAGGAGCUGGUAUUAGACCUAAGCAGAUCGAAGGUUCUGUGGUUUUGCCACCUCCGAAAGCAAUAACAAUGUGGGAGCUUACCGGAAAGAAUUAUCAUUUUGUGCGUUUAGCAGGUUUGAGCGGUGCGACUGCCGUUAUUAUGGGUGCUUAUGGCAAGCAUAGCUUAGCCAAAAUUCAUGAUAUUCAAGAACAAUUGGAAGCAAAGGCUGUAUUUGAAACGGCUAAUCGAUUCCAUUUCUUACAUUCAUUUGCAUUAUUAGCCAUGCCAUUGGCUCGUCGACCAGCCUUGACUGGAUCAUUAAUGGCAGUUGGUUGUUUGUUAUUUAGUGGCCCCAUGUACUAUCGAGCUUUGACUGGCGACAAAACCUUUAUACAAGUGGCCACCUGUGGUGGCUUUUGUUUGAUUGCAGCCUGGGCAUCAUUAAUUUUCUAAAAAAAAAAUGCAUCAAAAACCUAAAAUAUUUAAUACGUUUUAUUGUCUAUUUAUAAAAUAGUUGUGUAUCCAAUCUCUGAUGAAAGAAUAUCAUUCAUUCAAAAUGUUUGUUAUGCUCUAGUUAAUUUCAUACUCGUACAUUAAUAUAACAACAAAACAUGAAAUUUUAAGCUUUAUACUUUUUAAUACAUACUCGUAGAUAUGGUAAAUUGUAAUAUCAUCAAUGUAAAUUGCAAUUCAAUUGUUUAGUUUUUUUUCCUAUAUUAAGUUCUUGUUUACAUAUUUAUAAUUAUUUUUUAACUUUUCUCUUUUAUAAAAUAAUUACUUCCUAGUUUGUUUAAAUAUUGUAAAUUAAAACAGAUUUUAUUGUAAUGUCAGUGGUAGUGUAAAGUUUUGUAUUAUAUAAUUUUGAUAAGUUUUUUUUUUUUAUUUUUAAUUUUAAAAUAUUCUCAUCUAUUGUUCAAUUUUAAAUUUGUGUUUUACUAAUGCAAAAUAUUUAUCUUUUGUCAUAAAAUUAUCUGUUGUAAUUCAAAAGUUAAUUUUUUGAACAUUUACAAUAGUUUUUACAUUUCAACAGAUUUCACUUAUUUUAAAUUGUAAUUGAGAAAAAAUUUAGUGUUUUUUUUAAAAAGAAGCGCUUUGUAUGGAUUUUGAUUUAAAAAAUCUUUGAAAUAAAUGCCAAAGCUCAAUAUGUUAAAAAUAAAUACGAAAAA